AUUUGCGGCUGCGAUUGUUUGGACACGCAAUGGCAAUCGCUCGAAUGGGUUUAUUUUCGGAAAUUGCUGUUUACUUCAAGGAUUCGGUUUUUUGGGCUUGUACCAAAUUAUAGCAACGACAUGAAAUGGAUCCAGCUGGGGGGAGAUUGGCCUGGAGUAGGCCAGGGAUCCUAGGAUAUCUGAUAGUUUGACUUCAAAAAUAUAUUUGGGAGUAACUUGUUUGAAACAUAAAAUUAUAGUUGAAUUUUAAUUUAAAUUCUAUAAUUUAGUAAAUUAUUAGUUUUAUUUUUAUAUAUUUAUAUUUCAAAAUCAAUCUUUUGAAAAGGUUUCUUAGAGUUGUCACCAUUUUAAAGAUUAAAUUCAAAUAGAUUUAUAAUUUAUUAUAUUCCUAAAAGAAAAGGAACCCCUAGGGUAUACCAUUAUCCACCCUAAUAUCUUCUUGAAAAGUACAACUCCCCCACUUUUUGGACACUGUGGCUGGGAAAAUUCGCCAACCAGGCGCCUCCUCUGACGUUCGGAAAACUGUGAUUGUGGGUCACACCCGGCACACCCGACACACCCACCCACAUACCCCGUUGAGGAGCCACCCGCUGGGCUCCUUGGACGGCGCCUGGAGGACUGAUGGUGGUGGUGGUGCGUCGUGGGGAUGGAUGCGUGUGGAUGGAUUGGUGGUGGUAUUGGUAGUAACAUUGCCUGCCAUCCGGCAACAAUGGAAAAACUUUAAUGAGUACAAGUUGCUGCCAAAUGAAAGCAAAGUGAAAUGGCAGCAGGCAGGAUGGAUGGCAUGGAUGGCAGGGGAUGGCAGGGGAUGGCAGGGGAUGUCCUUACUGCAGUGUACUCCUUUUUCCAAGUCAAACGAAGCGAGCACGCCACCGACUGCGGACGGAUUCCUUGGCACAAUACUGAACUCCUUACGGAGGAGUUCCAGUUGGAGGGUCUUGCAGUUGGAGUUCCAAUUGGAACAGGACUAGCAAUAGGAACAGGACCUCGAGUGAAAGUGAAAGCAUCAUGAAACCGGGUCCCGAAGCCCUUGAAGAGGGGGAGGAGGAGGGCGAAGGACAGGAUCAUCAUGAGGGCGAUCCCCGGCCACUCCCCUACGACUUUGAAAAGGAACUGAUCCAAAAGUCCAACCGACAUAUUCGGCUCUGCGAAUCCUUUGUUCCCGUUAGCCAAGUUCACCCCUUGACCCGGAAGUUCUACGCCCAGUUCGAGCAACGCCAGCCGGAGGACCUGCUGAGGUAUCUGCGCCACACCUGGCCAGAGAAGCAGGUGGAACGGGACCGUCAACUGCGGCAGGGAGUUCCCGUUCUGGAGUCCCAGGUGUACGGAUGGCUGCCCCUCCAGACCCGUGAUCGAGUUCCGGAUCUCAAUGUCCUGCACGCCCCCAAGCUACGAUGCGGGAUGACCGUCCAUGGAGAGCGACUGAUUGCCGAGAGGAUUACGGAGCGACCGCCAUUUAAUGGACUUCGAUUUCUGCUUCACUAAUUUUCCUUAACAUUAAGUUUAAUUUAAAAUAACAGGGCUUUCCUUCUUUCCUGAAUUUAAAAUUUAAAAACACUAUUUUUUUAAAUGUGAUAAUAGAUCGCAGUGACUGGUACAAAAAAAAUCUUUAAAAAAAGCUUUAAAUAAUUUAAAAUUGCUUGUUAGACUUUAACACUAAAUAAAUAAAAAUAAUUUAAAAAAUGUUUAAAAAACAAGCCAUUUUGGCGGGCCACGUCAGUGACGAAAGCUGCUCGA